AUGCAUACACACAUACACACAUGUCCACAAACCCGACAUCCUAGGUCGGGAACUGACGUCGAGCCAACCUCCACAGCACCUGCCGUGCCCGAAACACCCCCCGUGAUUGCUCCGGCAACAGCUCUAGCAGCCCCCGACGUGCCCGAAACACACCCCGUGAUUGCUCCGGCUCCGGCAACAGCUCUAGCAGCCCCCGACAAGGCAUCGAAGUCUCCAACCCCGGCUCAAGCACCCGAUGCGGCGGCUCCCGCACCGUCUACGCCGGCUUCCACAACAGGAGCUCCCGCACCGUCAACACCGGCUUCCACAAUAGGAGCUCCCACACCGUCACCGGCUUCCACGACAGGAGCAUCAGAUCAGACUCAGUUCUUGGCAAAUCUGCUAGUGCAAAUGCAGGCUGCAGGUGCUGGCCCCGAACAAUUGCAGCCAGUUGUGGAUGCCAUCGCCAAGGCUUUUGUGCAGCAACCGCCAGCAGUGCCUGAGUCGCCACAGUCCGUGCUCACGGAUGAGAUCGCCAUUGAGUUGGGGGCCCCGGCCGACUACUGUGCCCAAGUUGCCGAACUCCUUGAAAAGGGCCAGGACCCAAACAAGCUUGGUGCACCGGGCGGCACGUUGGCGCUGCCGCCAAGUGUGCCGCCAGGUGCCGAUCUGCCGCCGCCGCCUCCCGUCGACACCACCAAAAAAGGGGGCAAGAAGAAUGAUGAAGGAGAUCAACCGAAGAAGAAAGGGUCGGAGUUGGAGAUCGACCUGGCCAAGCUGAUGACUGCCAAGGAGUUUGAUUUGGACGACUUUGUGACCACUUGGGUUAGUGCCUGCACCGCCGCAGAGGGCAAGGCCGUUGUGACCAAAAUCGAGUUUCUCCGGCUCUCGUUAAUCAUGUCCGCUGGUAGUUUUGACUCCCCAACCCACAAACAGCACUAUAUACAUAUAUUGUGA